GGGGGAGGAGCGGGUGGCAGUAGCGGUGAAAUUUUUGGAGGUGGGUGGGGGGCGCCACUCACAGCCCCAGGUGCUGCUCGUGCUGGGAGCUGCGUGUCUCCACGCAGCCGGGUGGGUGGUGCCGAGUCACUGCAGCCAGACCCGAGGGUGGGGGAAGGAAGAAGUCGGAGCCACCGCAAGCCGCACGCCUUUUCUUUUACAGCAGUGAAAGAAAUGCACAGGAAGUAAAGAAACAUUGUUGGUUUGACUAUUUCGCUGAACGUCCAAGUAAAAAAAAGAAUUCUGAGACCAGUGCUCAGCCAUAUAGAAGACUACAGCGAACCUAUAGUGUUCUGAAGAAUCAGUUCAAAGGAUAGAAGAGAUACAAAAGGAGAAGUACAAAUGUCUACCACAAGACGAAAACGUAGUAUGUUAUGCUGUUUACCGUAAGCUGUAGUAAAAUGAGCUCAAUUAUUGACAGAGAAGAUGGUAGUAUUUUUGAUGGGUUUGUGGAAGAAGAUGACAAGGACAAAGCAAAAAGAGUAUCUAGAAAUAAAUCUGAGAAGAAACGUAGAGAUCAGUUUAAUGUUCUCAUUAAAGAACUGGGAUCCAUGCUUCCUGGGAAUGCUAGAAAGAUGGACAAAUCUACUGUUCUACAGAAGAGCAUUGAUUUUUUACGAAAACAUAAAGAAAUCACGGCACAGUCAGAUGCCAGUGAAAUUCGACAGGACUGGAAACCUACAUUCCUUAGUAAUGAGGAGUUUACACAAUUAAUGUUAGAGGCUCUUGAUGGUUUUUUUUUAGCAAUCAUGACUGAUGGAAGCAUAAUAUAUGUGUCUGAGAGUGUAACUUCACUGCUUGAACAUUUACCAUCUGAUCUUGUGGAUCAAAGUAUAUUUAAUUUCAUCCCAGAGGGGGAACAUUCAGAGGUUUAUAAAAUGCUUUCUACCCAUCUGCUGGAAAGGGAUUCAUUAACCCCUGAGUAUUUAAAAUCAAAAAACCAGUUAGAAUUCUGUUGUCACAUGCUUCGAGGAACAAUAGACCCUAAGGAGCCAUCUACCUAUGAAUAUGUGAAAUUUAUAGGAAAUUUCAAGUCUUUAAACAGUGUAUCCACUUCACACAAUGGCUUUGAAGGAACUAUACAACGCUCCCACAGGUCUUCUUAUGAUGAUAGAGUGUGUUUUGUAGCUACUGUCAGAUUAGCUACACCUCAGUUCAUCAAGGAAAUGUGCACGGUUGAAGAACCUAAUGAAGAGUUUACAUCUAGACAUAGUUUAGAAUGGAAGUUCCUAUUUCUAGAUCACAGGGCACCACCUAUAAUAGGAUAUUUGCCAUUUGAAGUUCUGGGAACAUCAGGCUAUGAUUACUAUCAUGUGGAUGACCUAGAAAAUUUGGCAAAAUGUCAUGAGCACUUAAUGCAAUAUGGGAAAGGUAAAUCAUGUUAUUAUAGGUUCCUGACCAAAGGACAACAGUGGAUUUGGCUUCAGACUCAUUAUUAUAUCACUUAUCAUCAGUGGAAUUCAAGGCCAGAGUUUAUUGUUUGUACUCACACUGUAGUAAGUUAUGCAGAAGUUAGGGCUGAAAGACGACGAGAACUUGGCAUUGAAGAGUCUCUUCCUGAGAUAGCUGCUGACAAAAGCCAAGAUUCUGGGUCUGAUAAUCGUAUAAACACAGUCAGUCUCAAGGAAGCAUUGGAAAGGUUUGAUCACAGCCCAACACCUUCUGCUUCCUCCCGGAGUUCAAGAAAAUCAUCUCACACAGCAGUGUCAGACCCUUCCUCAACACCAACAAAGAUCCCAACGGAUACUAGCACUCCUCCCAGACAGCAUUUACCAGCUCAUGAAAAGAUGGCACAAAGGAGGUCAUCAUUUAGUAGUCAGUCUAUAAAUUCCCCAUCUGUUGGUCAGUCAUUAUCACAGCCAGCGAUGUCUCAAGCUGCAAAUUUACCAAUUCCACAAGGCAUGUCCCAGUUUCAGUUUUCAGCUCAAUUAGGAGCCAUGCAACAUCUGAAAGACCAACUGGAGCAACGGACACGGAUGAUAGAGGCGAACAUUCAUCGGCAACAAGAAGAGCUAAGAAAAAUCCAAGAACAACUUCAAAUGGUCCAUGGUCAAGGACUGCAGAUGUUUUUACAACAAUCAAACCCUGGAUUGAAUUUUGGCUCUGUUCAGCUUUCUUCUGGAAAUUCAUCUAACAUCCAGCAACUUGCACCUAUAAAUAUGCAAGGCCAGGUUGUUCAGACUAACCAAAUUCAAAGUGGAAUGAAUACUGGACGCAUUGGCACAACUCAGCAUAUGAUUCAACAGCAGACUUUACAAAGUACAUCAAGUCAGCAGAGUCAACAAAAUGUACUGAGCGGGCACAGUCAACAAACAUCUCUCCCCAGUCAGACACAGAGCACCCUCCCAGCCCCACUGUAUAACACUAUGGUGAUUUCUCAGCCGGCAGCUGGAAGCAUGGUUCAGAUCCCAUCCAGUAUGCCACAGAACAGUACCCAAAGUGCUGCGACGACUACCCUCACUCAGGACAGACAGAUAAGAUUUUCUCAAGGUCAGCAACUUGUGACCAAAUUAGUGACUGCUCCUGUAGCUUGUGGGGCCGUCAUGGUACCUAGCACCAUGCUUAUGGGUCAGGUGGUGACUGCCUACCCUACCUUUGCCACACAGCAGCAGCCACAGACAUUGUCAGGCACACAGCAGCAGAGCUCCCAGGAGCAGCAGCUGACUUCAGCUCCACAACCAUCUCAGGCUCAGCUGACCCAAACGCCCCAGCAGUUUUUACAGACUUCAAGGUUGCUCCAUGGGAAUCCUUCAACUCAGCUUAUUCUCUCUGCUGCAUUUCCACUACAACAGAGCACUUUCCCUCAGUCACAUCACCAGCAACACCAGUCUCAGCAACAGCAGCAGCAGAGUCGGCACAGGACUGACAGUUCAACCGACCCUCCCAGGGUUCCACCGCAGUAGCACGAGUGCCUCCUCUCCGACCCCCCGGGGCAGAGGGGGCUGGUCCAGAAAGGGUUGCUCAGAUGAUCUGAGGACAGGAGGAAGAAUUCCAGCAGUUGCAUGAGAUGUAGUAUUGAGUGUUCUAGUUCCUGGAAUUAGAGGGGAAAUGCUACCUAUAGUGCUCCAGGUGUACAUUAAAUACCAGCCAGCAGGAGAUGAUCAUAGGGCCAUAGCCAAUUCUAACAGUGUUUUACUGGCCUAGAUAGUUUUUGAUGGAAAAAGAGUAUAUUGCCAAACGUUAAGAAGCUCAGCUAUGAACAUGACCUCCAAUGAAUCAGAAAGGCACCAACAACGUUAGUAAAUGUAGUUGUUCUGUGCCUGUUUUUAAGUGUUACAGAGGACACACCAGUCAUGUCAGGGGUUUGCUUACCAUGAGGCCAUGAAGACAGUCCAGUAGACUUCGCAGGCCCCCUUCCCAUUCCCCUCUCCCCUUUUCAGAUCAUGAUGGGACAGAAGUUAAUUUCAGAAUGUUGUGUGGGUUCAAAUUCUUUAUGUAUAGAUGAUAUAAAAAUAUUAUGUGUAUGUCUGGAUAAAAGGAGAGAAAGCAAAAUGAUUUGUAUGCUGCAUGAAAGCAUUAUCUCCUCAAGUAUAUGUCCUUAGAUUCUGACACCAUGUGCAGACUAAUACAUCCUCUGUUUUUCCUUUUGUUUACAGCACAGUAGUGUUCUACUCAUUUUUCCAGGGCACAGGUCUUACUGUUCAUACUUCGGUUGUGAUGCCAGUUUGUUCAGUGAGGUAUAAUGUGCUGCUGGAAAUGGAUUUUUUUUUUCAGGUUAAAUAAUUGAAACAACAGGAUUUUCAAGUUACUCAGAAAUACCCUCAUUUCAUUAUUUUUCAAUUAUGUUUGAAAAUAGGAUUUGCACUGCUUUAUUUUAGAUGGUUGGGAGUUUUGAUCACAUAUAUUUUGAUAUAAUUCAUAGUUGGAAAUAGUUGUAUAAGUGGUUUUCAACAAGCCUGAAAGAAAUUUCCAGAAUGUUUCAGUUAUAGGAGUAAAAUUUGCACACAGAACAUUUUAGGCACUUUCUAACAUUCUCACUGGUGGGAAUUUUAACUUUUAGGAUUUGUUGGAAUCUUUUUAUUAUCCUUCACAAUUUCAAUGCUUCUUUUAGUCAGAAAUGAUUCAGGGUUAUUUGAGAGAAAAAAAACCCAUAGUGCCUUGAUUUUGAUUCAGGUGAUAACUCACCAUGUUGAAUUCAUUGUCUGGUUUCAGUAGCAGUUUUGAAACCUUAGUACAUUUUUAACAGCAUGUGUGUGUCAGAGCCAUCGUUAUUCUCCUAGGUUCCUGUGAAGACUGCUUUGAGUCUCUUGGACUGGAGGUACAAAUAAUUUAGAAAUAAAAGAUGACAUCCUAACACUGUCAGUCAUUAAUGUGAUCACAGAAUAGUUUUCCUAAAUCACCUUUCUUUAAAGCUUAAGGAAAGGUUAAUUUAAGAUUUAUAGUAAAUAUUUGCUCAGUAUGAUUUUGAUAUUCCUACAAAGAAAAAAGGAGAGGUAGGAAUUGGCUUUGCCUUUAUUACACUGGAAUAUUGUAACUCACAUGCUCUCUAAACAUGAACUAAGAUUUCAUUUGGCAAUGUUGUAUUCUAAAGGUAAUAAAUACCAACAGGUGUUGCAUACAUUAAAAAAGCAUUUUACAGAUGUUAUGGUACUAAAGAUAUACAAGUAUAGUGCAAAGGAAAAUUAAUGCAAAAUGUCUUAUAUUAAAAAUUACUCAGUAAAGGGAGGACAGCAAGCUGUAAUAAAUCAAAAUUGAACUUUAAAUGUGUGAAAUGAUUGAGGUUGUUUAACAGAAAAGGCUUUAAACAAUGAAAAUAACCUAAUACAGAAAUGCUAGAUGAAGGAGUCAGAGGAAUUCUAAAUCAAUUCUUAAGACUUUUCUGUCCUCGACUUUGCUAUCAUCCUUAAGGGACAUAGUUUGUUUUUCUGUAGAAAACUCUACCUGGCCACUUAAAUUAGAAAAUUAAUGCUGAAGAAGAAAACAACCAAAGAAAGUUGGUAUCUACCCUUCCACAAAAGAAGUGUCACUAGAUACCAACUAAUAAUUAACAUAUCAGGAAGCUCAUUUUCUAGUUAGAUGAUCCUCUGGAAGAGAUUUCUUUCUCAUGAAUGUCAAGAAUAGUUAUCAGAAUGUAUGUGGUCCUAAGCAUAAUACAUGUAGAUGGAAUUGAUGUAGAAUGUGGCAACAGUAUUUUCUCCCGUCUGAUUGCCUUUCUCAACCUUAUCAUGCCGUUCCAUAUAUAUAUAUAUAUAUAUAUAUAUAUAUAUAUAUGAGUUGUGCCUCACUUAUUUAUUGGCCAUAUCUAGUGAUAUGUAUGGAUUUAGCCAACAAAGAUAUGAAGAACUGUUAAGGUUUAUCCUCCAAAAACCCUACUUAAAAGGAAGAUCGUGGACUGUGAGUACUGUGUACUUAGGUUUGCAAAGGCCAGGUGUAAGAUGAGCCACAAGAUAAAUCUGCAGACUGUUUAUUCACAUUCUCCUCCACCAGUCCCUUCAGAUAUUGUCCAUUCUCAGACAUUUGGAGAAGAAAAUUAGACAAAAUUUUGCUUUAUAAUUCCUGUUGUUCCUUACAGCUCAUUUUUCUCUGCUUAGAGCUGAUUGCCUAAUUUAAAGGAACAUCUAGCUGCUUUGCCUUUGCUGUCAGUAUGAAGUGUUGUGUUGGAAAAGCUAGUAAGCACCCGCUGCCUCUUAGCUCCUUCUCAAACUUGGUUUUCCUUCUGUUUUUCUGGAACUUCAGUUGCAAAACUAUCCUUGCUCCCUUCCCCAUGAACUAAGACUGGAGCUCUCUGAUGAAGACUUAGCAGUUGCCUAUUCUUCAUUCAUUUCUGUAGCCAAAGUUGUUAAUUAAAAUCCCAAAUCUAAGUCAUGGAAAAAUACCAAAUAGGAACACCUUUCAGCUGCUUAAAACCCUGUCUUCCCUCUGCUUUACUCUCGUAAGAUACUCAGUUUUUCUUUAAAAAAUAUUUUAUUCUGGGUAGCACUUUUAAGGUAGAAAUUGUUGAAGAUAAGGAAGAAUGUUUGCUGUUCUGCAGUUAUGACUUGGGACUGCUGUGGCACUGGGCGAGUCGGGAUGUUAACAACCACAAAUGAGGACUACGAGGAUUCAUAAAGUUGCUGCUGAGAGUUGUGUCAAAUCAGAACAUAGACAUUCAAAGUGCUCCAUUUUUUGAGUGGAAAAUAUUGGAGGAAAAGCAAAAAAGAGGGAUAGGGGUAGCAUGUAAGUAAACACUGCAGUUCAGUCUCCAAAUGGCUCUAAUUUGAGGGGGUAAUUGGAGUCCUGUGCUCUGCCUCGUCACUUAUAUCCUGUUCAGGAAUGUGUGGUAAUAAGAAGAUGCCAGUGACUUUGAGCUGUUUGUUGUAGAAUACUCAGUACAGAGUAGUAAGUGCUGUGUUUGUGGCCAUUGCAUUAAAGCAGUCUGCUUGCAGUUAUUUAAGGGCAUUGAAGCAAAGCAGCUCAAAAGGGCAUCGUGUGCUGGAGAGAGAUGAACCCCUGUUCAAGGAGCCUUAGAAAGGGGGCCCUUAAUAGUCUGUUUCCCCUCCUCUACACGAACAGGUAAAAAUUAUUUUAAACUGGUUAUUACUCAGCUUGUUUUAGAAUGUGUCCACUAUACUGAGGCAAAAAAAAUUUUAAGUGGAAAUGCAAGUAGCAUUUUACUCUAGGAUUGUUCAUUUCUACUUUUUUUUCUAUACUUCUUUGGUGAUGGAAAGUUUUUUGAACAUUUGUGUAAAUUGCAUUCAAGUCUAUAACCUUUCCAGUAUCUGUGACCCUGUUCUUAGUCCCUUGGGAUUCAAUGUUGGAAGAUUUAAACACUGGAUAUUACUAUUUAGCUGAGUGAGUCUAGCCGGGAGUAAGCAGACUGGGAUUUCUAUAUGGUGGAAAAGAACAGCACAAAGGCACUCGCCAUUUUAACAGUGAUUGGAGAAAGAGAACCUUUUAAGUUUGUUUGGGUUGGGUGAGCAUUCUUCUUCUAAAAGGAGCUUCUGAAGUAAUUGCAAAGGAAAAGAGUCGACUAUUUUUAUAGCAUAUUUAAUAUAUUUGUAUAUAAUGAUGAAUAUAGUAGGAACCCUCCACAGGCCUCCCACUUUUCUAAUUUAGUCUCCCUUUUGCCAUAGCACUAGCAUAACCUCGUCCGCAUGGUUACGUGCCUAUUGCCAGCCUACCAAAAGAUAGUGCUGCUGCUUUCUGAGACAGGUGAGAAGAGCCGACUCUCAUGCCUGGGGAUCCUUUAUAAAGGAAUAGCACACUCUUUUAAAACAACUUACCACAGUCUAAAGCAUCAUUUUGAAAUGUAACAAGCACUUUAUUGCAAUUAUUCAUUUUGAUAAAGUUUAUUAUCUUAGGCAUUACCAUUUCCAAAGGAUCCCCAAAUCAUCACUUAGGUGAAAUUUAAAAAUGAUACAUUUCUGAGAAAUGUUUAGAUCCAGUGAACCGUAGUAGGUUUAUGGGAGUGAUUUCAAGGUAGCCAAAUGAACUUUGACUUUUGUUUUGAAUGUGGUGGACUCGAGAUUAUAGAUGCCUAGUUCCAUUCAGACACUAUUGUAAACCUGUCUUGCCUAUUAUGUGGACACUGAGAGAGACCAAUGAGCCUGUAUAGUUUCAGAGGUCUAGGAAAACUACAUCAGUGUGAAGAGAUGUACAGAACUAACCUAAAUUGAUUGGUGGUAGUAUUUGAGAAUACGGUAAUUUCAAGAAUUUAUUCUGAGUGUUUUAAAUGUGCUCUGAAAUGUUGGCAUGUCAUUUCAGAAUUUCCAUUUGAAUUGCUCUUGUAAUAUUUUUGCACAAAAAGGACUGAGAAAAAGACUGUUAAGAAAAAAAGUAUAAUUUGGUCUUAUUUUAAUGUCUUCUAUGGAAACACUGGGGAUGAAUUUUGUUGGUAUAAUUAUUAAUUCAGGAUAUUUAAAACAGUGUUGAACAGUUCACAAGAAAUCAAUAUGGAUAUUUAAAAAUUUAAACCUUCCUCCCAUGUGACUGUUUUGCAUAUUCCCCCCCAUGUCAUAAUUUAACACUACAUUCCUUGUUUUUCUUAAAUAAAAUACUUUACAGGU